AUGGAUUGGAAAAAAUAUCAGCAAAUUCUGGAUGCCAAUCUGAAACAGUCCGCCAAGAAGCUGAAACAGGGAUGGCUCAUACAAGGCACCUCGGGGGCGCGCACGUACGUGCGUGAGUGUGUCGGAAAGAACCAGGGCGAGAAAGAGACCCAGAAGGAGGAGGAGCAGGAGGUCUGGGGCGCCAUGGCGACCAACAUAGAACAGAUCUUCCGUUCCUUCGUGGUCAACAAAUUUAAAGAGAUCCAGGAGGAAAAGCUGAACAGUGAGAAUUCCGAAACCUCCCAAAAUGGUGAAUUAACAGCACAGAUGUCUGGAAACCCAUCGGAAGAGACCAUCACAGGUGUCCAAGACAAAGAGCAAAUGCAGCCCGAGUCUACACAACUAGAACAACCACAGAGCUUAGACUUGGAAGGGGAGCCUGCAUCAAAGGAGUUAAAAAGUGGUGAAAAUAGUUCUUCUGAUGAAGUAAAGAAAGACACAUCACGAAAAAAGUCCAAAAAGCAUAAAAAACACAAAAGCAAAAAGAAAAAGAAGAAAAAGAAAAAAGAGAAAAGUGAGAAACGAUCAAGAUCUGUUUCUAGUGUUGAAGACCAAGAGAAUGCUCCAGAACAGAAAGCUGUAUGGAAACCUGCAUUUGGAACUCCCGAAAAAGAAGACAGAGUAAAUGUUUCAAAAGCAGGAAAUACUGCAGAGGAAAAUGUUGAAAUUGGUGUAAAAUCUUGUGGCAUUGUGCCAGAAGAAAAUAUGGAUUCUGACAAGAUAAAUCAAACUGUUGAAAAGGAAACUUAUGUUGAUUCAGAAUUUUUUGGUCCUAAAUGCCCUAAUGAAAUUAAAGACAUUCUUUCUAAAAAAUGCUCACCUUUAAAGGAAGCUGUGAGCAACGAACUCUUAGAAGCAUCGUCCACACAUAAAUCCAGUGAUGACAGCAAUACACUCAAACAGGAUGAAGAAACUGAUAAAAUGGAUUGCACAGUCAAUGCACACUCAACAGCAAAACAUAUAUCACAAUCCUCUAGUUCUGAAAAUGAAUUGCUAUUGGAACAAGGAAACAUAACUGUUUCACAAACCAAAAGUGUUGAUUUAAACAAUAAAAAAUUGGACUGUAUAGAUGGUAAUCUCACGCCAUCCCUAGCCCCUGCUAAUACUGUUUUACACAGUUCUGAUAAGAAUAAAGUAAAGUCACGAUCAAGAUCACCUAGCAUAAGCAAACAGAGAUCAGAAGAAAGGUGUUCUACAAGUUCUAAAUCAGUAACAAAAAAAGACAAGUCUAAAUCUAAGCCUACUGUGAAAGCCCCUUCAAAAAAUGUUUCUUCCAGUUCCCCUGGUUUAGGACGCCAGUCAAGGUCCAGUUCUUUGGGCAGGAGACAAAGGUCACGCUCAAGCUCUGUAGGAAAAAGGAAGUACUCACGCUCCAAUUCCCCAGUGCAGAAGAGAAAAUCGCGCUCUAGUACUCCUGCUCGUCGGUCUAAAUCCCCCAUACGUAAGUGGUGGUCAAAGUCAAUAACCAAAAGAGAGAGGACAGUGUCCAUUUCACCUGUAAGACGUCGCAGAUCAAGAACUAGAUCUGUUGCAAGGAGACGUAGGUCGAGAACUAGAUCAACCACAAGAAAACAUCGUUCAAGAACAAGAUCAGUAGCAAGGAGGCGUAGAUCAAAAACAAGAUCAGUUGCAAGGAGACACAAGUCUGGGUCAAGAUCUUCAAGCAGCAGAAGAAAGUCUAAGUCGAGAUCAGCAAGCAGGAGGAGAAGACAAAGAUCCCGAUCAGCUAGCAGGAGGCGGAAGUCAAGGUCUUUGUCAGUUUCGAGGAGAAGGAGAUCACAGUCCAGGUCAGUUGCCAGAGGAGAGAAGUCCCAAUCAAUGUCUCUUACCAGACGGCGGAGGUCCAGGUCUAGGUCAGCAGCCAGAAGAAGGAAGUCCAAAUCUGCAUCAGCUACCAGAAGCAGGAGGUUAAGGUCUGCCUCAGCUUCCAGGAGGCGAAGGUCAAGGUCUGGAUCAGUUUCCAGAAGGCAGAGAUCUAGAUCUGGCUCUGCUGGCAGAAGACGGAGGUCAAGGUCUGGCUCUGCUGUCAGAAGGAGGAGGUCGAGGUCUGAAUCGGCUAGCAGAAGGCGGCGGUCGAGAUCUGGCUCCGCUGGCAGGAGGCGGCGGUCGAGAUCUGGCUCUGCUGGCAGGAGGCGUCAGUCGAGGUCUGGCUCCCCUGGCAGAAGAAGGCGGUCCAGGUCUUGCUCCACAGGCAGGAGAAAGCGGUCACGGUCUGGCUCCGCUGUCAGAAGGAGGAGGUCGAGGUCUGGUUCUGCUGUAAGAAGGAGGAAGUCGAGGUCUGGCUCCGCUGUCAGAAGGAGGAGGUCGAGGUCUGGCUCAGCUAGCAGGAGGCGGCGGUCAAGGUCUGCUUCUGCCAGCAGGAGGCGGCGGUCAAGGUCUGCUUCUGCCAGCAGGAGGCGGAGGUCAAGGUCUGUUUCUGCCGGCAGGAGGUGGCGGUCGAGGUCUGGCUCUGCUGCCCGGAGGCGGAGGUCGCGGUCUGGCUCUGCUGGCAGGAGGCAUAGAACAGGAUCUAGGUCAGCUGCCAGAAGAAGAAAGUCAAGGUCUUGCUCAGCUACUUCCAGGUCUGGUUCGAAAAGAAGAUCAUUUUCUAGAUCACUUGCUAAGAGAAACAGAUCAAGGUCUGUGUCACGUUCUAGGAGACAGAGAACAAGGUCUAGAUCACAUGCGAAAAGAGAGAGAUCUGUAUCAGCUGCAGAGAAGAAAAAAAUAGAAUCUAGUACAGUUGCUGAGAAGCGUAUAUCUCGGUCUAGAUCAUCUUCCCAAAAACAGAGAUCAGAAUCUGCAGCAGGAAGUAGAAGGUCCAGAUCCACAUCUGAUGACAGGAAUCGCAAGUCAAGAUCCAGAUCAGCUAAAAAGAAAUCCUGUGAGCGUUCACCAGAUGGUAAAGUAGAUAAUUUGGAACUUAAAACAAAGUCCUCAAUAUCUGAUUUCAAAUCAAAAGAGAGUACAUGUCAGGAACAAACUAUACCUAUAAACUUAAUUUCCCCAAAAAAUAUUACAGAUGAGCAGACAGUUCUAGGUAAGUCUGCCUCUUUAACUGAAUGUUCUGAAAAGGAUCAACCCUCCUGGAAAGAAAUAUCAACAGAACCUCUCAAACCCAGUACAGACAUGGGUUAUCAUAUUACCGAUUCUGAUCUAGUUGACAGCGAUACCACCAGAAGACCAGACCCUCCUAUUGAAAGUAUUUGUGAUGCCAAUGAUGAAUCAAACCGGAUGGAAGUUGCUAUGGAACUGGACAGCUGCCACUCUGAUUCAGAUAAAUUCAGCACAACAGAAGAGGAAUGUGUUUUAUCCGAUGUUUUCAAGAAAGUUCCCGAUGACUUCAGUUCAUUGAAAACUUUUGAGUCUUACUCAACUUCAGAUACUAUUACACAGUGUUUUUCUGAACAAGAACCUGAUGCUUCUCAAGUUUAUAUGUCAACCAAUGACAGAAGGUUUAAGCCAUAUUUAAAUGCCGAUGAUCCAUCUGUCAAUUUGUAUUCCAAAGCUGAAGACAAACUCUUUAAUCCAGAGAUGACAGUUGCCACCACUGCUUCUGUGACUGUUGCAGGAGAACUGGCUCAGUCCCACAUUAUGCUAAAUGCUCCACCUGAUUUUUUGCAGACCCCUAAAUCUCAGACAUGUUCAGAGACAAACAUCAGUGAUUCUAGAGCCACAGCUGGUGAUAUGUAUAUUUUGCCCUUGGAUACUCGAGUGCAGGAAAUUCCACAUCAGUCCAUCACCUACUAUAAAGCGGAAAACUCUGACCAUGAAACGGUAACAACGUUGGAAAAAGGGGUAUCUUAUUCCACUAGCUGUAAUUUACCUACUAUAUGUAAUAUGACAGAUUCAGCUGUAUCAAAAAGACAAGAAAAUCUGGAAAAACCAAAUCUGAAAAACCAAACCUCUGUAGUGUCUGACACAAGUGCUGAUUCUGUGGUUAGACCUGCUCCAGAACAUUCAAGUGGUGGUACUAUUCAAUCUGCCAGUGAAAUGCUCCUCACAGACAAUAGUCACUCUGAUAUGUCACCUCAAACCAGAUUAAAUACUAAUGCUUUGUCCAAGGAAAAACUUUAUCAUCAGAAAGAGGAAUCUCUUCAUGAUCUUGAGUUAUCUGAAAGGAAUGCAGCUAUAAUACAAAACAGUCCUAAAAGCUUUCCGGCUGAUGUGUCAUCUGAGCAACCCUUUCAGAAAGGGGCAGUAUUUUCUGCUGCUGACAUUUGCACCAGUGGCAAUAUCCCUAAUCUUAAAACAAUUGAGACUGAGACUUUAUCUAAAGAACACCUGAUGGAAUCCAAUAAAACUGUAACACUUUCAAAAGACCAGAAGCUUACAGCUGACCACAAGGAUAUGCAGUCUGUUAAAGAUGAUUUAAUUUUGAAACCUACACCAAAUAUAAUUCUUUCCUUUGCAGAAAAAGCGAAACCUAUUUCAGCAAGUCAUUCUUCUGACCCUGUUGCAGAAAACUACUCAACAGAAAACUCUGUACCGAAAGAUAUUCAGUUGCAUGAUAGUAUACACAUUACACCUGUAGAAUCUAAAGCACAAGCUGAACAGGUAUCACAUAGUUCUCUUGCAGCUUUAGAUAAACAGCCCAAGAACUCUCAUGACCUUGAAAUCAUUAAAAGUCAUUCUGCUAAAUAUGCUGAUGUCCAGGACGUUUCCCAGAUUGGGCGAUUUAAGGACAGCCGCACUGUUUUCCCAGAACUGCCAUCUCCGGUGUUCAAUCAGCAGCCUUUACAGAUAGAUUCAGAACGUAAACGAAAGGAAGGUUCUGUACAAAACAUUGGAGAAUAUAAAAAUGAAGUCAAAACACCCAUUUUGCAAGUUGAUAUAGAUAAGCCUAACAUAAAUCCUCAGGUAUCUAUUACAAUCCAGCCAACCUGCUUGCCACCUAUGCACACUGAGUUAUCAGUUCCAAAGGAAAAAUCCGUCUGCCUUGGUAAAACAAGCUCUACAUCUUUUCCUGAUACACCUGAUGCACAUAGGAUUUGCACACCUUCAGACAACACAACUAAUUCAAUGCUGCAACAGAGUUCUAAUGUUCAGUUUGAAAGGACUCUUAAAGACCGUAAGCUUGUUCCUGACGUUGUAGAUGUUAAACAGUUUCCUCAGAAGCAAGAUGAACUCUGUAUAGUAACAAAAGGGGAACCUCAUUCAGUUAAAAGUAUGAUUUCUGAACAUUCAUCAGCUGAGAGUGGCACAGAUAAACAUAAACUUGUUCAAAAGGAAACCGAAACAAAGGAACUUCUAUACAUUGCCGCGGAAGAAAAGCCUUCUGUUUCUGCAUCUGCUAAAGAAAUACCUGCACUUAUGUCUGAGACGCCUAAUCGUAAGGGUGCUGAGGAAAUUGCAGAUUGCGGUCAACUAAAAACCCGCAGAGAAGCUAGCUUUAUAGAGCCACCUGCUGAGCAAAUAUCUCCGAAAACGAGUGACCCUAUAUUUAAAAAACAAAAAAUAGCUGAUGCAUGCAAAACUAUCUCGGGUAAUAGAAUGAAGCAAGACUUCUCAGGUGUGGAGUCGGUAAUGCAACCUCUGUCGGAUAAAUCUCUGGACGAUAAAUCAAGUUCUGCUAGCACAGAAAAGGUUAAAGAAAGCUGCUCUAAUGUGGUGUCUUUACAUAAUUCCACUCUUACCUCAGAUGUGAAAAAUCCUGUCCCCAAUAUAAGCAGGGGAAGUGGACACCACACGUUAGAGUCCAGUUUACCCGAUAUUUGCUCUUCUUCUCGGCAAAGUCGUUCAAAACCGAAGUGCAGUACUGAGGAGAAGACAAGAGGUAAUCAAGUGGUGCAAGUGAGUGCAAGUAGUAAUCAUCACGAAUUGGACAGUUCAAAAACAAAUCAGUCGAAUAAAUAUGAAGCUACUGCUUCAAAUUCCAAAGCCACUGAUUCACAGUCGACUUUCUGUGAUAAUAAGGUAAGCACUCAAGGACAGUCCAACUCGCAAGCCUCUACUGGCCAAGAUAUUCAGUCUGGGGAAAUUGUUUCACAAAAGUAUAUAUCAUUGGCGCCACUGAACUUUAAAUUUAGCAGGACCUUUAAGCCUUUAAGCAUAUCUGCUCUUCAUGAUUCUGCUCAAUCAAACACCUCUCUUGUUAAUCAGCAUCCAAGACAAAAUGUUGUAACUGACUCAGAAACAUUGCUGUCUAGUAAAUCUACAACUCUAGAGCCAGCAAAGACAACUGCCCUUCCCCCAGGGUCUAAUGAAUUGUCUGUUCCGGAGCCAACAGGGUCUUGUGACUUAUCACUGCAUAAACAGCCUGAGUCCAGUGGGCAGUCUGUCUCAGAGCCAUCAGUGGCUGGUACUGAUGUAGAAUCUUGUCAAAUGGAUGCCAAAUCGGAACCUUCUUUAUCUAGUUCAGCUGCCAAGCCUGCUUUCCCACAUCUUUCAAAUCCUUUAUCAAAGAGUGUUAAGCAAAGGCAAUAUCGCUCAAGGUCUAUGGCCCAAGAUAGCCGAUCACCAUCUGUGGAUCGCGGCCAAUCACCUUCCAAAUCUGGUUCCAGCAAAAGGAGGUCACAUUCCAAAUCACGAAAAAGACGGUCUAGGUCAAAAUCUUUGAAGGGCAAACACUCCAGCUCCAGUCAAGGCAGAAAGAGGCGAUCUCCGUCAAAGUCAAAAACCAGAAAAAGGCAAUCACCUUCCAAGUCAUCAUCUAAGAGACGAUCUCGUUCCAAAUCAAUUAAACGCCAUUCUAGGUCACAAUCUCGUGAUAAGAGCAGACGUUCUCGGUCAAAAUCGACAGGUCGUCGAAAGCAGUUGAGCUCCAAAUCACCAACCAGGAAAAAGCGCUCUCAUUCUAGAUCAGAUGCUAGAAAGAGACACUCACGUUCAAGGAAAAACUCUCGUUCUAAAUCCCCAAUUUGGAGAAAUCGCUCGCAUUCUAAAUCUCUAUCAAGAAGCCCCUCAAAAUCUCUAUCACGGCGGCAUCACUCAAAAUCUAGACUACCAAAGCGCUAUUCACGUUCAGGUUCUAGGUCUGCAUCGCCUGGUAAACAUUCUAGAAGAAGAAAUCGUUCUUUUUCAAAGUCGCCACCUACACGUCGUGGCAGCCGAUCAAGAUCACGUGGACGCUGGGGCAAUUCCAAGUCCAGCAGAAGAGGUCGAAGUUCUCGUUCUCAGUCUGCCUCAAGAAGGAAUCGCUCUCGUUCGCGGUCUCGGCGGUCUCGCUCCCUCUCAGACAAGAAUCGGGGGUCCAGAUCACCUGUGCGUAAAAGACAUUCAAGUUCUCGGACAAAACAGGAUAAGUCCCCUUUAACUAAACACCCAUCAAAAUCUACAUCACCACCGCCUAAAAAAACCCCACUGUUAAAAUCUACAGCAUUCAAGCAUAGCAUUGGUUUAAAGUCUCUUAUUCAAAAGCAGCUUUCUCAAGCAAAAUUACAGAGUUCCAUUAAUAAGUCAUCUUCUAAGGAGCAGUUGCCGGCUGCAAGCCUAGCUACAGCACAAUUACCAGCAUCUGGUCUACCUGCUAAAACACAGGUACUUGUGCCUAACCUGCCAUCUAAAGCAAAGUUGCCUGAAACAAACCUGAAUGCUAAAGCGCGGCCACAUCUUGCCAGCCAGCUACCAAAAACACAGUUGCCACUGCCCAAUAAUGAUACAAGAACACAGCUGUCUGUUCUGAACACAAAUGUAAGGGCACAGCAGCAUGUAACUGACCUUACUACAGAAACACCAUGGUCUGUUGCAGAUCUAACCACUGGAGCACAGUGGUCCAUACCAGAUAUGUCAACAGGAGGACAUUGGGGUCUAUCUGAUAUGACCGCUGCAGGACACUGGACCAUGCAAGACAUGACAUCCGCAGGCCAGUGGGCUAUGCCUGAUUUGUCAUCAGGAUCACAGUGGCCAGUGACAGAUAUGACUUCUAGCACACAUUGGCCUCUAUCUGAUAUGUCCUCUGGAACACAGUGGCCUGUAUCUGAUCUAUCCUCUGGAACACAGUGGCCUGUAUCAAACCUUUCUUCUGGAACUCAUUGGCCUGUAUCUGAUAUGGCAACAGCUCAAUGGCAUAUGCCUGACCUAGGUGUUGGUACACAGUGGCAUAUGCCGGACUUGACUGCUGGGGUGACAAUGCCUGAAAUGACGGCAAGCACUUCAAUGCCUGAUUUCCCACCAGGUACCUCAGGGACUGACUUGGCUCCUCCCCCGGCCCCCAUGCCGGACUUGGCCCCUCCUCCACCCCAUUUUCCCGACUUGGCUCCUCCCCCAGCUCCUUUGCCUGACCUGGCUCCUCCCCCAGCUCCUUUGCCUGACCUGGCUCCUCCCCCAGCUCCUUUGCCUGACCUGGCUCCUCCCCCAGCUCCUUUGCCUGACCUGGCUCCUCCCCCAGCUCCUUUGCCUGACCUGGCUCCUCCCCCAGCUCCUUUGCCUGACCUGGCUCCUCCCCCAGCUCCUUUGCCUGACCUGGCUCCUCCCCCAGCUCCUUUGCCUGACCUGGCUGCUCCCCCAGCUCCUUUGCCUGACCUGGCUCCUCCCCCAGCUCCUUUGCCUGACCUGGCUCCUCCCCCAGCUCCUUUGCCUGACCUGGCUUCUCCCCCAGCUCCUUUGCCUGACCUGGCUCCUCCUCCAGCCCCAUUUCCUGACCUGGCUCCUCCUCCAGCCCCAUUUCCUGACCUGGCUCCUCCUCCAGCCCCUUUGCCUGACCUGGCUCCUACUCCAGCCCCUUUGCCUGACCUGGCUCUUACUCCAGCCUCUUUGCCUGACCUGGCUCCUACUCCAGCUCCCUUGCCUGAUUUGGCGGCUCCUCCUCCAGCUUCCUUGCCUGAUUUGGCGGCUCCUCCUCCAGCUCCCUUGACUGAUUUGGCGGCUCCUCCUCCAGCUCCCUUGACUGAUUUGGCGGCUCCUCCUCCAGCUCCCUUGCCUGACUUGGCGGCUCCUCCAGCCUACUUGCCUGACUUGGCUCCUCCUCCACCUCUGAUGCCUGACUUAAUGGCUCCUCCUCCAGCCCCCUUGUCUGACUUGGCAGCUCCUCCUCCAGCUCCCUUGCCUGACUUGGCGGCCCCUCCCCCAGCCCCGAUGCCUGACCUGGCUCCACCACCAGCCCCGAUGCCUGACCUGGCUCCACCACCAGCCCCGAUGCCUGACCUGGCUCCACCACCAGCCCCGAUGCCUGACCUGGCUCCACCACCAGCCCCGAUGCCUGACCUGGCUCCACCACCAGCCCCGAUGCCUGACCUGGCUCCACCACCAGCCCCGAUGCCUGACCUGGCUCUAGCAGCACAUCCAGUCUCAUUUUCCCAUUUGGCUCUGUCUCCAGCACUGAUGCCUGAUUUGGCUCUUGCAGCCCCAAAGCCUGACCUAGCUCCAUCUCCAGCUCCAAUGCCAGACCUAGCUCCUGCAGCUCCUCCAGCCCAGAUGCCUGACCUGGCUCCUGCACCAACUCCAUCCCUGGCCCCUUCCUCAGCCGAGAUGCCUGACUUGGCUCCUGAAGUGACUCCAGCACCAUUGCCUGAUUUGGCCACCACAGUCCCAGUGUCAGCUUUGGCUACUUUGGCUCAACCAUCUUUUCUGCCUUUGCAUGAAUCAAUAGAAAAUAAUCAAAAUGUUUAUUUGAGUGAAGAUGCUUCUUCAUGUGUUAAUGACGUUCAGGCAAAACCAGUAUAUGUGCUAUCCAAACUGCCUGUUGACAGUAAUCGCUUAUCUGCUGCUGAAGAAUUGGUUAAACCUGGGCUAUCCAUUGCAGCUAUGUAUCCUAUAAUAAGUGACAAAUUCCAGCAGGAACAGCCUUCUGAGGACUGUGAACCCUUGCCUGAUGCUGCAGAGAUCAGUGCUGGUUGUGACCUACUGAAGCAGUCAUGUGACAACUCCAUUCAUCCUUUGCCUGAUAUAGCUCUUGUUCUUCCUAUCAACACCCAACCAUCUAUACCUUAUACUUGUACUUAUCGACCUGUAACUGAAAUAUCGUGUAGCACUAAUGAGCACCCUCUUGUGCAGCUCAGUGACAAACCCAGUUUGCCAUUGCUUCAGGAAUCCUUUGCUAAACCUUGCCACCUACAAAGGAAUGCAUCCAUUGCAGACCAUCUACAGGGUGUUUCAUGUGAUUAUUUGGAGCAACCUCUGCAAAGCAAAAAUGAAGACCACUCUAGCCACAUUCAGUUAGAUGAAUAUAGUAUAUCAGCCAGUAGUCAUUUACAUAAUGACCUUGUAAGCCACGAAAGCACCCUGUUAAAUGAACCUUGUGCAAGCCUUCAGCAUUCCCAAAUGAUUGAACCUUGUGAAAGUCAGACGCUUUCAAAAGAAGCAUGUGUUAGUACAGAAUGUUCUCUGGCAGGAGCGCCUUGUGGUAUUAAAAAUGUUAAAAGCCAUUCCAGCUCUCUUCCAGAAGAUUCCUGUCUUGUCCCUAGCAACCCUGUACAGGAUGACAAUGUAGUAUUCUCUGAGCGACCAUUAGAACAUCAGUCACUUGUCCCACCUGAGCAAGACGAGCCUUCUUUAUGUCUUAACCAAUCCUUUGAUGUCAGACCUUGUCUAAGUGCCGACCAAACUCUGCAAGGAAAACCCACUGGCUGCCUUGAUCAGUCACUGCCUGAUGAAUCUAGUGUCAUCGCUAUUCAGUCUUCAGUUGUUAGGCCAUGUUUAAGUCCUGACCAGGUCCUUGAAAACACUGUACGGCCCCACUACCUUCAACAAACUGAGGCGAAAACAAAACCUGAUCAGCUCCAAUUGCUUGAAACUGGCAUGAUUUUCCAGCAGCCUGUGCCAGCUGAAAGAUUUUCUCAUAAACAGUCCUUGCCACAUGGACUACUUGGGAAUUCUGGCCAGCUGAAAGAUGAUAAACUCAAUGAAAGCCCUGUUAUGUGCAGUGCUGAUAAACCAUCUACGAGCCCUAGCCUGUCCAGCGAUAAUGAAAAGCUAAAGUUUGCUGACCCCCUGGGAAGACCUGUCCAGCAGAAGUCUGAGGAACACUGCCAGAGUACUGUGCAGGCCGUAUCAGAUGAACUGCUUAUAAAACACGAAAACCCUCUUUCAGACGGAUACAAUUCUGGCCCCAGUAUAACUUUGAUGGGUAGUGGCAGUGCUAAAUUUGAGAAACCAGAUCAACUCCUGCAAAACAAACCUUGUGAUAGUCCCAAGAGGCCUCUUAUAGAACAUUUUUCAAGCAGCAACCAGUCCCUUCAAAAGUCAUUUAUAAACAUGGACCAUUUUCCAACGGUCGAACAGUAUGAAAUUCCUGAUAAGCAGCAGCCUAAUAAAGAAAUUGUGAACAUUGAUCCCGUGAUGGGCAAAUCUAUGGUGAGCCCACAAGUCCCUGUUCUUCCUGAGCCUUGUGAAGGCCUUGAAGAUUCACCAUCACCUAAGCUUCAUGUAGUAUCUGACCAGCACGUGAAACCGGGUCCACCUUCUGAGCCCUGUAUGACCUCUGAACAGCCUUUCGAGCUUUGCAAGAGUCCCAGUCAAGUCCAGACACGUGAGCCAUGUGAGCCUCUGCUUCCUGACCUGAGUUCUGUCAUGACUGUGCUGCCCAAGCCUUCUGCAAACUCCGAAGAGCUCCUGCCUCUCAAGUCCUGUAUGGACUAUGGCCAUAUUUUGCCUUCCAAACACGAUGCAAGCCCGGACAUAACUGUACCUUUUCCACUUCCUGCAAACCCUAACCAGGCUUUUCCUACAGAAACCUUGGCAAGCCUCAACCAGGAAAUAUCUCUAAGGCCAUUGGCAAAUUCUGAACAAUGCCCACCUACUGACCCUUGCCUUCCUGGUAAAGAUUGGGAAAGCCCUCACCCAGCCUUGUGCCCUGAAGCCUGUCCAACUGCUAAAUAUAUUCAGACUAGUAAGCCCACUGUGCAUGAUGAUUCCUGUGCCAGCCAUAGCCAGGCCCUGCCACAAGGUAGUCCUGUCCAAUCCUUGUUAGACCAACCCUGUGCAAGCCCCUUUAUUCCCAGUACUGAUACAUUUUGUGCCGCCACUGAACAACCACUGUCUGACAAAUCCUAUUCCAGCAUCUGCCAAAAUGUUUCUGAUAAUCGUUGCACAAGCCUCCACCAGUCCUUGGCUGCAGAACUCUCUACCAGUGAAUCAGCUUGUGAGCUUGUACAGCCCAAUGGAAAUUCUAAUCAGAUGAUUUUACCCCAUACCUGUGAACACACUUCUUCAGAGAGAGCUUCAAGCACUGCUCAUCCACAGCUAGUCUCUGUUGAACUCCUGCCUUCAAUUCCUGUCUCUGAUUCGUCUCAAUAUCUGAAGCCUGAUGCUAGCCCUAUGAAGCCUCUUCAGAGUGAUCCAUGCUCCAGUCCAAACAUUACUCCAGAGGACUCUUUUUCAAAACCUCAAGUACUGGCACACAGGCCCUGUGGCAGUUCCCCUAGUAUGUCUCAAGAAGUAUGCUGUGAAAGUUCUGAUCACAUAUCCAUAAAUGAACAAUAUACAAGCCUGCAGUAUACCUUGGUGGACAAAAACUAUGGAAGCCCUCUCACCCCAGAAUCUGUCCAAGUAUCUUACACCCCUCAUAUUACAAAUGAGCUUUCUUUGAGCCCUUCCCAGCCUAAGCAGGAUGACCAAUCUGUGAACCCUAGUCUGACAGAUUGUUCUGAUGACAGACCUAUGUUGGUUAAAGAAAUGCCUAAACCCUGUCAGUCUAUAAAACAUGAAACUUCAUCAAGCCAAGAGCCAAGUUUGUUUAGUAAAUCUUCAACCACUGUACUAGCUGUAUCUAAACCAUCCGCUUUGUGUAUUGAUGCUAACAUACAAACAAUUUCAGCAGAUCUAAUAUCGAGCUUGCCCUGUGAUACUAGCUUUCCUCUUGUGGCAAAAGCUGUCACAGGCAAAACUGAUUCUUCUAUAAGCUCUGAGAAAAAAGAGGAUGCCAAACAAUGUGCAGCGGAGGAGGUAACAUUGGAUUCAAAGACCAUAUCCUCUGUAGAACAGGAGAACCCUGUAACAGACCUAGGCAAGUCUGAGGAAGGUUUGCACGUUGAGAAGCAUUUCAGAAUUACACCACCAGAUUUGUUGCCCUAUGACUCUGAGCAGCCGGCUGUUCCACAUGACACCUCUGAUGCUACAUUAGAGCAAACUGCUUUUAUUUGUCAGCCACCACCAGAAUUGCUGCCGUACGACUCUGAGCAACCUGCAAACUCCUAUCUGGGCGCAUCUGAGACUCAGUCUGAGCAGGCUUCCGUCUUUCACACACCACCUGAGCUUUUGCCCUAUGAUUCUGAGCAGCCUACUGAACUGCAUGACAAUGAAUCGCCUUCCGAUAACCUGCCUGCAAGCCAUUCUCAAUCUGAACCCGCUUCCCAAAAAAGCUCUGUACAUAUGCAUGAAUCCAUGCCUGGGAAUUUUCAGUCAGAGGUGGAACUUCCAAGUAGUCACGAAUUGCAAAGAAUCAAAGUUCCAUUUGAAACUGAAAGCAUUGUUAAUUUGUCUGAAACUCCUAUGGACAUUGCUCAUGAGCAGUUAGUAUGUGAAGGCGCUGCCAGGUGUCAGUCUGAUGUUUCAUAUACUCCCAUCUAUAUGACAUCGCACUCUAUAGAAUGUAAUUUAGUUGCUCGGCAAUCAUCGGAGAACACCGAAUCCAUAAACAAAUCUUCUGAAAAGCAUUUUUCUUCGGAGUUGCCCAGUGUUUCACCAGAGUUUACCAGUGAAGAACAUACUGAUUUUAAUCAGGUGCAGUCUAAUUAUGUGAAACCAGCUGAAGUAUCGGGAUCUGUUAGAGAGAAUGCCUGUACAACUGAAUUACUCACUGAACUUUCUAUAGCUGAGCAGCCACUUAUGGCAGAAUUACCUUCUAAACAACUAUCUACAGCACCUGAAGCUCUUGAGCAUGGUCUUUCCUUAUCAGAGUUUGCUAUAAAAGCCAAGCAAUCCACAUCUAUAUCUGCCUCUUUAACAGGCCAGCAGCCUUUAUUAACUGAGCUAUCGUCAUCUACAGAAAGUCAAGUAAGUGAAGUUACAAUGGCUGGCAAAUUAAUCGCAACAUCUGCACAAAGUGCAGUUCCUGCCCUUAAAGAAUCAGCCCUUCUGCCAGAAGCUACUUGCAAACGGUCACGUUCUAGGUCCGUAACCAAGAGGACAAAAUCACGGUCUAAAUCUAUAUCCAGGUCGAGGGAUUCACGAUCUAAAUCUGUCACAAGGAUGAAACGUUCACGUUCAAAGUCAGGAACCCGAAAGAGAUCAAGAUCCAAAUCGGCCACAUCAUGGAAGAGGUCUCGUUCAAAGUCAGUUGCAAAAAGGCAAAGGUCACAGUCAAAGACAGUCAUGCAAGGUAAAAGAUCACGCUCAAAGUCUGUAACAAGAAGAUCACGCUCAAAGUCAUAUUUGCAAAGGAGGCGUUCAUGGUCAAAAUCUACUACACGCAGGAAGCGUUCACAGUCUAAAUCAGAUACCGGCAAACGACGCUCCCGCUCAAGAUCUGUUGGACGCAAAAGACGCUCACGUUCAAGGUCUGUUGGUCGCAAAAGGCGCUCUCGCUCAAAGUCUCCAGUACGCAAAAGGCAUUCUCGGUCUAAAUCUGCUGGGCGCAAAAGGCGAUCAAGAUCUAAGUCAGCUGGGCGUAAAAACCGUUCACGCUCAAAAUCUGUAGGCCGUAAGAGGCGCUCACGUUCCCCUUCUACAUCCCGGAGAAAGCGUUCACGAUCUGUUCGCCGCAGGCGUUCCAGCUCAGCAUCUGUGGCCCGCAGGAGGAGGUCCCGCUCAACAUCUGUAGCCCGUAGACGAAGAUCCCGCUCAACAUCUGUAGUUCGAAGGAGGCGAUCCCGCUCAUCUUCAGUUGCUAGGAGGAGGCGCUCCCGUUCAGUGUCCGCUGGUCCCAGGAGGAGUUCACGCUCUGUUUCUGUUCCUAGGAAGAGGCGUUCCUGUUCACCUUCUGUGUCACGAAGGAGGCGAACCCGCUCACCAUCUGUUUCACGAAGGCGGCGCUCCCGCACACCAUCUGUGUCUAGAAGAAGGCGAUCCCGCUCGCCAUCUGUGGGCAGAAGACGACGUUCUGGUUCAACAUCUGUAACUCGCAAAGGUCGUUCCCGCUCAGGUUCUUUGGCCCACAGAAGACGCUCGCGCUCAGCAUCUGAGGCCUGCACAAAGCGCUCACGCUCUGUGUCCGCAACAAGAAAGAAGCGUUCUGUUUCGAAAUCAUUGACUCCAAAAUCACCGACUUAUAAGCCAUCUGCAGUGUCAAGAUCAGAUCGAUCUCGAAGUCAUUCAGCAAGUAAUGUUCUUCGUAAGCGGAAAACACGGUCACGAUCUUCUUCGAGAGACAAAAACAAACUCAGUGAAAAAAGACGAAGAAGAUCAAACUCUAAAGACCACUAUAACGUAAAAUCUAGACGCAGGAGUCGAACACCACCUAGGCGGAAAAAAUCAAGAUCUCCUAUAAAAAGGAUGUCACCUGUUAGGAGAAGGCGAUCAAGAUCCGCCAUAAGGAGAAAAAGCUUCAGCAGAUCUCCUGUUCGCCGGAAACGCUCAAGAUCUAGGGACAAAUCUCUGGACUCCAGCAGGUCACCUAAACGCCUCACCGACCUCGACAAAGCUCAGCUUCUUGAAAUAGCCAAAGCCAAUGCUGCUGCUAUGUGUGCUAAGGCAGGUGUGCCGCUUCCACCAAGCCUAAAACCUGUAAUCGCACCUGUUACCCCUGUGGAAGAGAAAAUUACCCUUCGCUCUUACGGUGUCACCAUUCAAGAGCUUACUGAGAAAUGUAAACAAAUUGCUCAGAGCAAAGAAGAUGAUGUGAUUGUAAAUAAGCCUCACGAUUCUGAUGAAGAGGAAGAAGAAGAAAGGCCUUUUUAUAACCAUCCCUUUAAAGUCAGUGAACAUAAACCUAUUUCAUUUAGCUUAUUGAAUCCAUCUGUAAAGCCAGCCCCAAAAAAUCAGGUAACUUUGACUAAAGAGUUCCCAGUCUCAUCUGGGUCUCAGCACAGAAAAAAAGAGGCAGACAAAGUGUACGGCGAAUGGGUUCCUGUAGAUAAAAAGUCAGAGGAAAGCAAAGACGAUGUGUUCACUAACACCGGCCCUUCACAGCCCGUGGACAUUACUUCUGCUAUGAAUGAACGAGCACUUGCCCAGACCAGGCUUACGGGAAACCCAUUUGACAUGGAAGCCUUGAUCAUGCUUAACCGGGCACAGGAACAGAUCGACGCAUGGGCUCAGUCUACGUCCCUACCCGGCCAGUUCACAGGGAGCACCGGCGCUCAAGUCCUCUCCGCAGAUGAAAUCAGCAACAGCGGUCCCCAGGCCUGGCUGAAAAAGGAUCAGUUCCUCAAAGCAGCACCUGUAACGGGUGGAAGAGGCGCUCUUCUUAUGCGCAAAAUGGGAUGGAAGGAAGGCAAGGGGCUUGGGAGACACAAUGAAGGAAAUGUGGAUCCCAUACUAAUUGACUUUAAAACUGAUCGCAAAGGUUUGGUUGCAGAUGGUGAAAAGGCAUCAAACAAAUUGGCUUUACCAAUGAUGAAGGAUCUGUCUGGAAAGCAUCCAAUCUCUGCGCUGAUGGAGCUUUGCAACAAGAAAAAAUGGUCCCCACCUGAGUUUGUCCUUGUGGAUGACACAGGCCCUGAACAUCGCAAGAGGUUUCUUUUUAGGGUGACAGUUAAUGGCGGGGUGUACCAACCCAAUCAGCCCAGCGUCAACAAAAAACUGGCCAAAGCCACAGCGGCGGCAGCAGCUCUCCAAGCGUUGGGCGCACUACCAAAGGAAAGCAUGACGUCGACGGCCAAUUUCCGGAGCGCUUCUACGAGCACUUCCUAGCAGGAUCUCACCCCGUCCUUAACCAAGUGAAGUUUGUUCCAGGAAAGUGUUCCCUCAUUCUCUUUUAUCUUAAUGUAGUAAUGAUCGGAGUGCCCAAGAAUAUACAUUUUACACCAGAAAUGAUCUGACAAAUGGUUUUGUAAGAGUAGAGAUGUUCCUAUUUUUGUGCAUGGACCUAGUGUUUUGUAUUGCAGCGCUGUUACCCCACGGGAAUGUAAGUCUUUUGUGGCCGUUGUAGGGUCCAACUGGUGUUUGGUUUGCUGUUUUCUGCGAGAAUGUUGGAUGUAAAACAGUUACUUUGUAAGGUGGAAAGGGAAUGAAUUAUUUCAUGUGAGUAAUUAUAUAUACAUAUGAGCA